AUGUCAUUAACGAGUUCGUUAACACACUAUGAAAUCUUAAGAAUCCCGUCGGAUGCCACGCAAGAGGAAAUCAAAAAGGCAUAUAGGGAUCGACUGUUAAAUACGCAUCCUGACAAGCUUGCCAAAAAAACAAGUAACAAAGUAAAUAGUGUCACAAUCGAUACGAUUCAAGACGCCUAUAAGGUAUUGUCGAAUAUAAAAACACGCGGGGAAUAUGACAAACUGAUCCUUGAAAACUAUAAACAUCAAGGCUUUCACAAUUGCGGUGACGGGCUAGAUGAAUUUUCGUUAGACGACUUCUCGUUUGAUGAGGAGAAGCUCGAAUUUAUGAUGAAUUGUCCUCGUUGUCAAUUUGGCGAUGGUUUUCAUUUUAAGGAAAGUCUACUAGAAGAAUGCAUUGAUAACGAAAACGUUAAUGAAUGGGAUCAGUCUGGAUAUCAACUGUUGACACAAUGUAGUGCAUGUAGCUUAUGGCUAAAAGUUAAUUUUGACGUCGAGGAAGAGUAA